AUGACAACUCAACCAUCAUCAACAACAGUACAUCAUGCUAUUGUUAAAUCAAUUUUUUCCGGCGAUACACUUGUUAUUAAAUCAUCAACACGUUCAUCAACUAAUGACAGUGAACAACGAAUUUCAUUAAAUUAUAUAACAGCACCUAAAUUAGCACGUCCACCAACUGAUGCAGGUGCUGGUGGAUCAACUGUUGAUGAACCAUAUGCAUUUGAAACACGAGAAUAUUUACGUAAAAAAUUAGUUGCUCGAGAAAUAUGUUAUACAAUUGAUUUUCAAAUACCACAAAGUAAUCGUUUAAUGUGUACAGUUUAUUUAGGAAAAGAUAAAGAUACAGGUGAAAAUAUUAUUGAAUCAUUAUUAUCUGAAGGUCUUGUUGAAUUACGACAACAAACUGGUGCACGUGCUAAUGAUCCUAAAUAUCAACGUUUAAUUAUUAUUGAUGAACAAGCUAAAGCAAAUAAACGUGGACGAUAUUCAGAUCAAGUAUCUGAUGUUCAUGUACGAAAUAUAAAAUGGACAAUAGAAAAUCCUAAACAAUUUGUUGAUGAACAUAAAUCACAACCACCAUUAGAUGCUAUUGUUGAAUUUGUACGUGAUGGAAAUACUGUACGUUGCCUUCUUUUACCAUCAUAUUAUUUAGUAACACUACAAAUAACGGGUAUUAAAUGUCCUAUAUCAAAACGUGAAGGUAGUUCAAUAAAUGAAACCAGUGAACCUUUUGCUGAAGAAGCUAAACAAUUUGUUGAUACACGUUUAUUACAACGACAAGUUAAAGUUAUUUUAGAUGGAGUUAAUAAUCAAAAUUUAGUUGGAACAUUAUUACAUCCAAAUGGAAAUAUUGCAUUACAUCUAUUAAAAGAAGGUUUAGCUAAAUGUGUUGAUUGGAGUUUAACUUUAUUACAACAAGGAUGGAGAGAAAAAUAUCGUGCUACAGAAAAAUAUGCUAAAGAUAAUCGAUUAAAAAUUUGGAAAAAUUAUGUUCCACAACCAGGUCAUGCUGAUAAUGAAAAUAAUCUUAGUAGUGAUACAAAUUCGACUGCAAGUAAUGGAAAACCUAGUGAUCCAACAUUGAAAGGAUAUCAGGCUAAAGUUUUGGAAGUAAUCAACGGUGAUGCUUUAACUAUUCGUGAUUUACGUGAUAAUUCAAUCAAAAAAAUCUAUCUGUCAUCAGUUCGUGCACCACGUGCUGCUGAUAUGCAACAAAAAAAUGAUGAAAACAAUCCAAAUGCAAAUCGUCAACAAAUAAGACGGCCCCUUUAUGAAAUUCCAUAUUUAUUUGAUGCCCGUGAAUUAUUACGUAAACGUUUAACUGGUAAAGUUGUACGUGUUGUUACUGAUUAUAUUCAACCAGCAAGUAGUGAAUAUCCAGAAAAAAUUUGUUGCAGUGUUUAUGCUGGUAAUGUUAAUCUUGGUGAAGCUUUAAUUUCAAAAGGUUUAGCAAAAGCUGUACGACAUCGACAAGAUGAUGAACAACGAUCAUCUCAUUAUGAUGAUCUUCUUACUGCUGAACAACAAGCAGAAAAACGUGGUCUUGGAUUAUUUUCAACUGCUAGUGGUCUUCAUCGUAUUGUUGAUAUGACUGGAGAUACAAAUAAAGAACGAGCUAAAGGUUUAUUAAGUGUUCUUCAACGUAAUGGUCGUAUGGAAGGUGUUGUUGAAUUUAUUGCAAGUGGUUCUCGUUUUCGUAUACAUUUAUUAAAAGAUAAUUGGAUUAUAUCAUUUUUAUUAUCAUCAAUUAAUUGUCCACGUGCUGAACGACGUGUUCCUGUGAGUGGAAAUCCUCAACAACAAAAAGUUGAACCGGGUGAACCAUUUGGUGCUGAAGCAUUAACAUUUUCAAAAGAACAUUUCUUACAACGAGAUGUUUUUGUUGAAGUUGAAAAUAUGGAUCGUGGUGGUAACUUUAUUGGUCGUUUAACAACUGCUGAUGGACAUUCAGCUGCUCUUAUGCUUGUUCAAUCUGGUCUUGCUAAAGUUCAUGAUUCAGCAUAUGGUGCACCAAAUUAUAAACAAUUAUUAGAAGCUGAAGAAAAAUGUCGAAAAGAACGUACUGGUGUUUGGACUAAUUAUGAAGAACCUACAUCAAAAGAUGAGGAUGAAAAUGAAGGUGAAAAUAAUCCUGAAGAGGAAGUUGUAUUAGGAUCAGGUAUAAUUAAUUUUAAUGAUCCAAGAUUUCGUCGUGUUGUUGUUACUCAUGUAACAACGGAUUUAAAAGUUUAUGUGCAAUAUUCUGAACAAGGAUCUAAAGUUGAACAAUUACAAUCUGAAUUACGUGAAAUAUUUAAUCAAACUAGACCUGUUGGUGGACAUACACCGAAAAAAGGUGAAUUAUUAGCUGCACGUUUUGCAGCUGAUAAUGAAUGGUAUCGUGCACGAGUUGAAAAAAUUGAAGGAAACAAUCGUAUAUCAGUUUAUUUUGUCGAUUAUGGUAAUCGAGAAUUAAUUACUGAUUUAGGUCGACUGACAACAUUACCACCAGGUUUUUUACAAUUACCAACUCAAGCUCAUGAAUGUGAAUUAGCUUAUGUUCGAGCUCCACCUGAUGAAGAUGAUCGUCAAUAUGCUAAAAAUGCUUUACUUGAUGAAAUGGACAAUCAAGAAUGUUUAAUGAAAGUCGAAUAUCGUCAAAAUAAUGCCGAACAUGUAUCACUCUAUCGUGCUAGUACAAAAGAAAACCUCGUCAAAAUAUUAGCCGAACAAGGUCUUAUUGUUGUUGCACAAGGACGUGGUAAUCGUCAAUUACGUCUAACACCAUUAUAUGAGGAAUUACAACAAGCACAAGCAAAAGCAAAAUCUUCACGUAUUGGUCUUUGGCAAUAUUCGGAUCAAAUCGAAGAUGAUGCAACUGAAUUUGGUUUUACAGGACGAAAAUAA